CCCCUCCCCGUCCCACCCCCUCCCCCCGGGUGCUGGCUCCAUGUCUGUGUGACCGGCCCCAGGGGUAGAGUCCAGGCCCGACGCGGGGCGGGCCGGCGGCGGCGGCGGCGGCGGCGGCGGCGGCUGAGGUGAGAGACGGCGGCGGAGGCGGCGCGGGCACCCGGCCCCCCAGCGGGAGGAUGAAGCGGCGGAACGCCGACUGCAGUAAGCUCCGCCGCCCCCUAAAGCGGAAUCGGAUCACCGAGGGCAUCUACGGCAGUACAUUUUUGUACCUGAAAUUCCUGGUAGUGUGGGCACUUGUCCUCCUGGCCGAUUUUGUCCUGGAGUUCAGAUUUGAAUACCUGUGGCCAUUUUGGCUUUUCAUCAGGAGCGUCUAUGAUUCCUUCAGAUACCAGGGGCUGGCCUUCUCAGUAUUUUUUGUUUGUGUAGCAUUCACGUCAAAUAUAAUAUGUCUGCUGUUCAUCCCCAUACAAUGGCUUUUUUUUGCUGCUAGCACCUAUGUGUGGGUUCAGUACGUAUGGCACACAGAAAGGGGAGUGUGUUUGCCCACGGUGUCCCUCUGGAUACUCUUUGUUUACAUUGAAGCAGCGAUUAGAUUUAAAGAUCUCAAAAAUUUUCAUGUAGACCUUUGUCGUCCCUUUGCUGCUCACUGCAUUGGGUACCCCGUGGUGACUUUGGGCUUUGGCUUCAAAAGUUACGUAAGCUACAAAAUGCGGUUAAGGAAGCAAAAGGAAGUGCAGAAAGAGAACGAAUUUUACAUGCAGCUUCUUCAACAAGCCCUCCCCCCGGAGCAACAGAUGCUCCAGAAGCAAGAAAAAGAAGCCGAGGAAGCAGCCAAAGGAUUGCCUGAUAUGGAUUCCUCGAUCCUUAUACACCACAACGGAGGUAUUCCAGCCAACAAAAAACUCUCCACAACUUUGCCAGAGAUAGAAUACCGAGAAAAAGGGAAAGAAAAGGACAAGGAUGCCAAAAAACACAACCUCGGAAUAAAUAACAACAAUAUUCUACAGCCUGUAGACUCGAAAAUACAAGAAAUUGAGUAUAUGGAAAACCAUAUCAAUAGUAAAAGGUUAAAUAACGAUCUUGUGGGAAGUACAGAAAAUCUCUUGAAAGAGGACUCAUGCACUGCUUCCUCAAAAAAUUACAAAAAUGCCAGUGGAGUUGCGAACUCCUCACCUCGCAGUCAUAGCGCCACAAAUGGGAGCAUUCCUUCCUCAUCUAGUAAAAACGAGAAGAAGCAAAAAUGCACUAGCAAGAGCCCAAGUGCUCACAAGGACUUAAUGGAAAACUGUAUUCCUAAUAACCAGCUAAGCAAGCCAGACGCACUGGUGAGGCUGGAACAAGAUAUUAAAAAGUUAAAGGCUGAUCUGCAGGCCAGCAGACAAGUGGAACAGGAGCUCCGCAGCCAGAUCAGCUCCCUCUCCAGCACCGAGCGAGGGAUCCGCUCAGAGAUGGGCCAGCUCCGGCAGGAGAACGAGCUGCUGCAGAACAAAUUACAUAAUGCUGUGCAAAUGAAGCAAAAAGACAAGCAGAAUAUCAGCCAGCUGGAGAAAAAGCUAAAAGCUGAGCAGGAAGCCCGGAGUUUUGUAGAAAAGCAGUUAAUGGAGGAGAAAAAAAGGAAGAAGUUAGAAGAAGCCACUGCUGCCCGGGCCGUUGCAUUUGCUGCUGCGUCGAGGGGGGAGUGCACCGAAACCUUACGGAAUCGGAUCAGAGAAUUAGAAGCAGAGGGCAAGAAGCUCACGAUGGACAUGAAGGUGAAAGAAGACCAGAUCAGAGAACUAGAACUGAAAGUUCAGGAGCUUCGGAAGUAUAAGGAAAAUGAGAAGGACACUGAGGUGUUAAUGUCAGCCCUCUCGGCCAUGCAAGACAAAACACAGCACCUGGAGAACAGUCUGAGCGCAGAGACGAGAAUCAAGCUGGACCUGUUCUCUGCACUGGGGGACGCCAAGCGACAGCUCGAGAUCGCCCAAGGACAAAUUCUUCAGAAAGACCAGGAAAUCAAGGACCUUAAACAGAAGAUAGCCGAAGUCAUGGCCGUCAUGCCCAGCAUAACGUACAGCGCCACGACCAGCCCCCUGAGCCCCGUUUCCCCCCACUACUCUUCCAAAUUUGUGGAGACCAGCCCCUCUGGACUUGAUCCCAAUGCCUCUGUUUACCAGCCCCUGAAGAAAUGAAGGCCAGCUGUGGCUUUUGCCCAGCCAUUUGGUUACCAGAAGGCAUCACAAAGGAGCGUCUCUGGCAGUCAAGAUAAAAAAAAAAAAAAAAAAAAAAAGUUUAUAUUGUAUUUUGUGGGACUGUAUAUGUUGUCGUUUUUAAAAAGGGGGGAAAGAUAACAUCCAAGUCUGAUUAGAACUGCCCAUCAGUUUUUCUUGUAAAUUUUUAGAAGACCUCACAGAACUUUGCAGUUUAUUUUUCUCGGCCAACACAUUAAAACCAUUCUUGGAUUUCAAGUAGCCCGUUUUGCCUUUUAUGUAUUCUUACAGUUUCCUCUUGAAGAAAACAGACAAACAAACAAAAGCAGGGUUUUUGCUUCCCAAUCCUUUAUUUUUGUUCGGUUUUGUUCUUAAAUAAGCAACAAAACCUGCACGUUGGAUUCACGUGGGAUGCUAACAGAAACGUUUCUUUUUUAGAGUGGAAGGGUUAAUAACCUCACACAGCUUUGCUCUCAUAGCUGCAUUACCCAAGAUGAUUAUUGACAUGACAGAAAACAAAAGGUGAUUACCCCUCCGAGGAGCAGACCGACCCCAGGAGUGUCCCGUAAGCCCAGGGGAGCCAGGUGAUGGGACUUAGCUCUCGAGCGUCCCUGGGGUUGAGUCUGAAAUGCUCCUAUCCCCCUCGGGUGUGCAGUCCUAGAAAAUCGCUAGCAGUGCCUUGGGAAAAGACAUUUCAAGAGGAAACUUGAUGACUUAGUAAACUAUCUUCCCCCUUCCCCGCCAUCUGUCUUCUCUCUGUGUCGAGCUCACUGCGGAUCCUGCCGUACAACUGGCGUGUAGCUGGGCUCUUGGACGCCACCCCGGCUGCAUCCCGUGUCCUCUCAGAGAAAGCACCCGGGUGUUCUGGACUUCUCGAGGCAAGCACCUGGGGGCGGGGAGCCGGGCCGUGUGUGUGUGUGUGCCACAGACCUGCAAAGACAGCCAAGGAAAGCUGCAGUUCCGGGUUCGGGUUUGUUGGGUUUCGUUUUUUAAUCUCCUUUCGUUUAACUGUGCUUUUCCUCUCUUCAUCAUCUUGUGUUGGAUGAUUUAAAAGAAACUUGACUAUUCCUCAGCUCUUGUGCCAAGGAGGGUUUGUUGUUUUUGUUUUUGUUUUUAAGAGUUUUAAACUCAAAACUCUGCACAAAGAUUUCGGUUUCAAGUGUAUAUUAGACACUGGUAGAAAAGUGUUUGCACUGGCCACUUUUGGAAGUGUUUAAGAAUCCGGGGAGGGGGGAGGGGGGAGGGCCGGGGAGAGGGAGGGCCGAGGCAAAAUUGUAUUGGGAAACUAGGAAAAUUAAGGAACCAAAUAGAUUGGUUUUGCUUCCUUGCCAUGGAUUCUGGAAGGACACCGUUCUUCUCAAAUUUCCUGUCAAUUGGCAUGUACGUCAUAUUUAAAGCAGAUUAAGUGGGACGCGCAAGUCAGCAAAAUCGAAGUAUUAAAAAGAAUCAUCCUUUUAAUCACAGAUCUUAUUUGGGGGUAAGAAAAAAUAAAAAAAACUUCUAGCUUUAGCCAGGUGUGCAUGUUGCUGCCACUUUGCAUUUUUGAAUCAUCUUGUGUAAUUGUCACCAUGGAAGUGUUAACUCAGAACUGUCAUAGGUUUUUUUCGUCCUUGUGCAAAAACAUGGAAAAUUGUCACUGACUUUGUGUUGAGGUUUCCCCCACUUUGCUGCCUUUUGGGACACUAUUUUCGUUAAACACUUGGUCUUGGCUGCAUUCUUUUUUUUUUUUUUUUCUUUCCUGUGGGGUUCAAAAGAAUAAAAACAUUUUCUUACAGAUAAAA